GAGUAGGGUUAUCAUAAAAACAGAAGUGGAACCUGAUUGAGGGGAAUUUGUGAUUGAUGCCAUGGAAGAAGCUGGAUUUUGCGAGACUGCCAUCAGUACCCAGGUUCAGUUGGUGAAUAGCAAAUGUGCUGAAUCUGAUUCAACUUUACAGCAUCCACAGUCCAAUUGUGAUGGCAUGGAAAGUACAGGUACAUUGGAAGAGGAAGACUAUAUCCCUAAGAAUGGGAAGCUGUUGGGAUCAACAUGCUGUACUCGAGAAGCGCGUGAGGAGACCCCUGGAAGAGAAGAAGCCCGUACUGACCCACCUGAUGGCCAACAAGAUCCAGAGAGUGACAAAAACAAAGAGAAAACCUUAGGAAAAGAAGUGCUAUUAUUGAUGCAAGCCUUGAACACGCUUUCUACUCCAGAAGAAAAGUUGGCAGCUCUCUGCAAGAAAUGUGCUGAUCUUUUGGAGGAAAGCCGGAAUGUCCAAAAGCAGAUGAAGAUACUCCAGAAGAAACAAGCCCAGGUUGUGAAAGAGAAAGUCCACUUGCAGAGUGAGCAUAGCAAAGCUAUUCUUGCACGCAGCAAACUGGAAUCUCUUUGCCGGGAACUUCAGCGUCAUAACAAGACUUUAAAGGAAGAAAACAUGCAGCAAGCACGUGAAGAAGAAGAGAGACGUAAAGAAGCAACUGCACAUUUCCAGAUUACGCUGAAUGAAAUUCAGGCUCAGCUGGAACAGCAUGAUAUACACAAUGCCAAGCUCCGCCAAGAAAAUAUUGAACUGGGGGAAAAACUGAAGAAACUCAUUGAACAGUAUGCAUUGCGGGAGGAGCAUAUUGACAAAGUGUUCAAGCAUAAAGAAUUGCAGCAACAACUAGUAGAUGCCAAACUUCAGCAAACCACACAGCUUAUAAAAGAAGCUGAGGAAAAACAUCAGCGCGAGAGAGAAUUUCUUUUAAAAGAAGCUACUGAGUCCAGGCAUAAAUGUGAGCAGAUGAAGCAGCAGGAAGCCCAGCUCAAACAGCAGCUCUCUCUCUACAUGGAUAAGUUUGAAGAAUUCCAGACCACCAUGGCAAAAAGUAAUGAACUUUUUACAACUUUUAGACAAGAAAUGGAAAAGAUGACCAAGAAGAUUAAAAAACUGGAAAAGGAGACAAUAGUAUGGCGUACAAAAUGGGAAAACAACAACAAAGCUCUUCUACAAAUGGCUGAAGAGAAAACAGUAAGAGACAAAGAUUACAAAGGCUUUCAAAUAAAGCUGGAGCGUUUGGAGAAGUUAUGCAGGGCUCUCCAGACAGAGAGAAAUGAGCUGAAUGAGAAGGUGGAAGUCCUUAAAGAACAGGUUUUGGUAAGAGAUGCAGAUGUGGAUCUAGCAGUGCAGGUGUUUCAGUCAUGCGCACACAGUUCCCAGGAGGAGCUGGGAACUUGCACUGACACAGAACCAGGAAUCCAGCCAGAUGCUGAAUCAAGUGCAGCAGUUGAAGGACAUGUCCCUGAAAAGACUGUCUCCACGAGUCCUGUUCCUGGCACUGAUUCUGUUGACUAAAAUGAAGUGUAAACACUGUAUUGAGAGAUAUAUUUUGUGUAUAACUUUCUCUGGUGGUGGUAACUAUUGGUUUUGUGGUGAAAAUUUUCUUACUUUUUCUACCAUAUCUGUAUUUUCUUAGAACUACUGGACUUAUGUGGUACAGGAAGCUGCAUAGCAGCUUUGAAUAGCUUAAUCUAUAAAUUUCCCACAACUGUGUUGCACAUCUGCCUCAUUUUUAAAAAAAUAUUUUUCCAUAAAGAAUGCAUGUGUGUGUUUUCCCCUACAACACAAAAUAUCACUGUCAACUAAGACGUGUGUAAAGAUUUAACAUAGCUUCAGGGGAAAAAGUGACAGGAGUGUCACUUCCUUGAUUUGAAAAAUAACAUUUUGCUUCUGUUAACUGAGCUUGAGGCUUGGUAUAUACUAAUAUUAUUACCAAAUUCAGUAAACUGUCUACAUCCAUUCAUAUAAUGGCCAGUAGGAAACUUCAGCUUUCUCCCCUGGUAUUUUCAUAUAUAUGAGGUAUACAUGAAAAUAAGGAUCCAGAAUGUGGUCAAAAUAUUUUACAGGGUUUUAGUGUAAACUGUGGCAUGACAACAACAGCUUUGAAAUAUCUAUAUUUUAAUUUGCAGUUGGUAAAACAGGGUGCACAACUAUUUUUGCAAAUUUCUCAGGGUUGUGCUGUAAGGUCAGUUCAAGGCCCUAUUUGUGAAUUUAAACCUAUGAAGAAAAUAUGUGGAAUAAGUAUUACAUAACUGCAGAAUUUUGUUCAAUAAUAUUAAUUAUGCAUAAGAAUUGGUUAUAUUCUGCCCCCCUUCCAUAAGGUCUUGGCCCUGUUGCGAGUCCAUGCAAGAUUUGUUUCCAGUGAGAGAAGUUGCAUUGAUAUAAUCUGGAUAUUUGUUAACCAAAGGGUAUCUGCAAAUGUGUGGACAGUGUUGAUGUUGACUAUAUCUGGGGCAUGUCUAUGUGAAACACUGAUUGUGCAGCAGCCAAAUAAUACUGCACACUAGCACGUCACAGCACUAAGUGAUAAUACACAACUGUGUGGUAUUACUAGGCUACUGCACAGUAUCGUCACUUAGAAGGCCGUUACUGGUGCUACUGCACCGUAACCACUGCGCAUUACCAUCUCGUGUGGACGCACCCCCAGUGUAAGUUUUUGGUUUGAAUGUUCCUUACUUAGCACUAUAUGCAGAAUCUAAGAAUUAGUAGACAAUGCUGGUAACUGACCACAUGUAUUCAAAUAUUCUUUUCCCUGAGUAAAACAUUUAUUUUGUUGCACCCUCAGCCAAGAAACUCUAGUCAGCAGAUAGUGCCUUCUUGGUGCCUAGGAUGACUUGGUGAAGUCUGGUUCUUUAGAAGUUCCAUCUAAAGCUAAACAUGCCACAAGCAGAGGGGAGGUUUUGGGGGGUGGGGAGAGGGGGGUUCUUUUUAAAAAAAUUUAAUAGACUGCAGUUAUAAGCCUUAUGAGUUUUAACUUUGAAAAUGUGGAUAUCGGAAAUUUUAAGGGAGCAGUUUUCUAAGACAACUUGGGACCAACACGUAUUCUUGGCACAGCAGACAAUGUGUUAAGUAACCACCAGCUACUGUUAACUUUAAUCCAUCUAUGAUUGCUUUCUCGUUUCAGUUGCUGUCUUGUAAUUCUUUAAAAAGAAAAAAAAUGUGUAGCCUUUCCUGGUACUCAAAAUGUUCUUUGCACUUACUUGAGUGGGGGUUUCUGAACCAAGCACAUAUCUUUCCAUGAGCUUCCCCCUUGUUCUUUUUGACAGUUUAUCGGCUAAAUUACUUGAAUGUUCAGGCUGCACUGAGCUCUCGACCCUUUUCCUGAUGUAAUGUACAUGGAAAUAAUGUAGAUGUCUCUUUAACAGAGUGAGGUUUUAUAAGGUGUGAUGAUAAAUGUUUUAGCUCGUACCACUGAACAAAAUGGUAUCAAACUGACAUUUUUUAAAUCGUGUAGCAGAUGAGUAGCCUAAAUAGGUAACAGGCUGUUUGGCGGGGCUGGUGGGGUUGGGAUUUAGGGGUUUCCCCUUCCCACUCCCAUAUUUGCACAGCCUGUCUUUGGUCAUGGUGCAGUAAUGAAAAGAAGGUAGAAGGGAGCAGUCAGCAGGGUUGGAUUCAAAGCUAAACACUAAUCACGUUCUAGCCACGUGGCAACAAAAAUGCUGUAAAAGAAAUAUCCUUUCAGAGUUCCUUUGACAAAACGUGUCUGUUGUGGAGUCAAGAACGUUCUAGUAAGUUUUAGUUAGUGCCAAAAGAGACCUUUAGCUAACAAACUACAUGAGCAUGAAACAAUUUUCUUGAGGGCAAGUGAAAAUCUCAAUGUAUUAAAUUACAGCACAACAUAUGCUUGGCAAAGCGGAUAGAGAUUUUGCCAGUAAAAUGGGAAGUGCAGUUUUCUGUUUUUCACAAUGUAUUAUUUGGUCGCUUGUAUCUAUAACCACAACUCUUUGUACCGUGCUUGUGCAGUGCUCUUUAUAUAGGCAAAAGUAAACUGUGGACCCUGUUGCAAGUAUUGUUUUUUUAAAAGGGCUUGACAGAAAUCUCAGAUGAAUGGAACAGCAAUACAAAUACAGGAUAGUUACUGACUUGAUUUGCAAAUGAAGCAGAAUGCCACCAGAAAAAGGCUUGUAAGAAUCUGAGAUGUUUUUCCAUCUGUCUCACCCAGAAGAUUCCCACAUUGACAACCUUCCUUCUGGCCAAGGUGGGCUAGACUCUGCUUCCUGACACCAGAUAAAAUCAUUCCAUGCAUUAGCCAAAGGGUUGUUGCUAUAAAGGAGGCAAGGAAUAAUCCAAGCACUCAAAACUCUGAUCUGCCAUACAGCAGGCUAUUGCACUGCCACUCCGCAGCCAGAUUGGUUCCAGUAGGGGUUUGGGUAAACAUGUAUAUUGCCUUUCUUCCUCUACCAUAAAUUAUUCUAAUCUGGACUGUAAAUGUAUGUAGCCUCUGAUGUAUACACCUACUUAAUCAGGCACUGGAAUCUUGAUCAUUUUACUCCAAUUAAACCUGCAGAAAAAAAAAAGUUUAAAAUUUGUGUGUUGCAAGACCCAAACAUGUAAUAAUGUACACAUUGACUUUAGGGCUGUAUCUCCAAUCUGUGUUGUCCUUUCUUUAUUUCACUUACACCUGGUUAUGUUACAGUUCAAUUCUCAGGUGUUGCAGAAAAUCUACCUCUUCAGACUGUAGAUGGAAAUAACUGUGAAAAAAGUGAUGCAGAAAUCUAGUUUGUGCUAAACACACUGCUUUAUUUUUACAACCCAUGUCUGCUUUCAUGAGGAAAAAAUUGAUAAAUGAACAGGCAGUCUUGUUUUGCUUUUCAAAAACAUUUUGUAGAGAUUUUUCACUAAUGUGAAUCUGAAAUUUUAUCUACUCAAUUCUGUAUAGAUUAAGUAAAUAUGUAUGCUUAAUAUAUUGGACUCUGUGUGUUCCUUUUAUUCUUAAACCCUAUUCCUGUCUACCUGGGCUUCUGUGGCAUUUGUGCAGGAGUUUUGAAGCAUGAUAGCUGAGAAACUCAUUGUUCUAGUUAAAUGCCAGAUAAUCAAACAACAGCCUUGAAGUUGGAGUGUCUGUAAAGCACAGAAUUGCUACUGUUUUUAAUAAAAUUCUCUGUGCAAUGCUGAAUACACAUUUUGGAGGUCCAGCAAGUUAGAGCAGCAGGAUGUGUUUGCUUUGGCACGAUAAUGAAGAUGUGAAGAUUUACAGAUUUAGGUUUUUAAUUCAUUUAUUGAAAAGAAGUUUAUCCUCUUCCAUUUCUUCCUUGUGUACCAGUAACUAUUUAGUAAGCUGUGUGCUACUUCCUGUGUGACAGAGGGAUUGGCCUUAAUACCCCGCUGUGCACUGCCUUCGUACUAUCUCAGGUCCCUGGGUGAGGCAGUAUCUUGAAUCAUCUGUUGAAGGCUACCAAUUUCAUCGGUGCUUGCGUGAUAGAGAAAUGUUCCUGUCCAGUGGGCUGCUUCUGCUGCAUUAGCACCUAAAAUGUUUUGUUCCAGGCACAAGCAUUAUGCAGUUUCUGAACAGCGUACAGUACUUGUUCAAAAGUUCUUUCCUACAACUGGAAGCUUGAACUAAUGAAAAGAACAGAGGCUGGGUCCCUUGAGUUAGUCUUCUUCAAAAUUCCCACGCUCUCCAUUUCAAAGAAAUGAAGAAUCAAAGUCACAGGCUAGCAUAUAUGGGUCUCAUGGAGAGUCUUCCACAGGUAACUGCUAAAAAUUGUUAAAAUAAUUUCAUCCAAAUAUAGAAAUAUUGUACAAUAUGAACCACAAACAAGUCAGAACUAUAGCAUGACCUGAAAUGAUUAUGUUUUUUUUUUCUCAUGUUUUAAAUCCUGCUUUUGAUCAAAUAGUUCCGUGUUCCUUAGGGAUUUGCAUAUUCCCUUUAGACUCAAGCAAAUUUCAGUUUCUUCCCUCUGCCAUAGAGGCCUUAUGGUUUGUGUUAGAAGCAAAUUAAAUAUAACCCUAAAAAUGCAACUUUGCUCUUGUGUCCAUGGCCAAGCUAGUUUAUGGGAAGUCAUGCUGUCAUAAUUAAAAAUAAACAUGUGACCUAAUCCCUGAAGAGAUGAAACCUUGUCUCAGUGGUUAAAUUGCUAGCUGUUCAUCUUGGGAGCAAGUUGCAACAUCAGACUGCAUGAGAUUUGGGUUUUGUUUAGAUGAGACUACCUGCCUUUGCCACACUGCUUUGCAGCUUCUUAGACCAAACCCCUCAGCUUACUUAGCCUUCUAUUAUUGCUUUACAACCUCAA